AUGACUUCCAGUGAGAUUCACAUGCCCGGCGAGGUGAAGAGCGACCCGGCCGCCCUCAUGGCAUCCCUGCAGCUCAUGCCCGCGCCGGUGCCCAACCCGGAGAUCAAGUACACCAAGAUUUUUAUCAAUAAUGAGUGGCAAGACUCUGUCAGUGGGAAGGUCUUUCCAGCUAUAAACCCUGCGACUGGAGAGCAGAUCUGUGACGUCCAGGAAGCAGAUAAGGCCGAUGUUGAUAAAGCAGUGCAGGCAGCUCGUUUGGCCUUUUCGUUGGGCUCCGUGUGGCGAAGGAUGGACGCGUCCGAGCGGGGACGACUACUCUCCAAACUGGCUGAUCUGGUGGAGAGAGACAGCAUCUAUCUGGCUACUAUUGAGUCACUGAACAGUGGGAAGCCUUUUCUGCCCACUCUGUUUGUGGACCUUCAAGGGACCAUCAAGACAUUGAGAUACUUUGCUGGCUACGCAGACAAGAUCCAUGGCACUUCGAUUCCAAUGGAUGGAGAGUAUCUGACGUUUACCAGAUAUGAGCCCAUUGGAGUUUGUGGACAAAUUAUCCCAUGGAACUUCCCACUUAUGAUGACGGCAUGGAAGCUGGGUCCGGCGCUGGCAUGCGGAAAUACUGUCGUCCUCAAACCUGCCGAGCAGACGCCGCUCACCUGCCUCUACAUCGCGGCGCUCGUCAAGGAGGCCGGCUUUCCGCCGGGAGUCGUCAAUAUUUUGCCGGGAUACGGGCCAACGGCGGGAGCGGCCAUCGCUUCGCACAUGGGCAUCGACAAAGUGGCCUUCACGGGUUCCACGGAGGUUGGAAAACUGAUCCAGGAAGCAGCCGGCAAGACUAACCUGAAGAGGGUGACGCUGGAGCUGGGAGGCAAGAAUCCAAACAUCAUUUUUGCAGAUGCCGAUUUGGAUCUGGCUGUUGAACAGGCCCACCAAGGCGUUUUCUUCAACGCGGGCCAGUGUUGCACGGCCGGCUCGCGUGUCUUUGUGGAGGAGCCCAUCUAUGAGGACUUUGUCCGCCGUAGCGUGGAGCGGGCCAAGAGGAGGACGGUCGGCAGCCCGUUUGAUCCCACCGCCGAGCAGGGCCCGCAGAUCAGUCGGGAGCAACAGAAUCGCGUGCUGGAGUUCAUCCAGAGUGGCAUCAGCGAAGGUGCCAAGCUGGAGUGCGGAGGCAAAGCUCUGGGCGUCAAAGGCUUCUUCAUUGAGCCCACUGUGUUCUCCAAUGUGAGAGACGACAUGCGCAUUGCCAGAGAAGAGAUUUUUGGACCGGUGCAGCAAAUCAUGAAGUUCAAAACAAUCGAGGAAGUGAUCGAGCGGGCCAACAACACGGAUUACGGUUUGGUGGCCGCAGUCUUCACUAGCGACAUCAACAAAGCCAUGACCGUGUCCACGGCCAUGCAGGCUGGCACUGUCUGGAUAAACUGCUUCAACGCUCUCAGCACACAGUGUCCAUUUGGAGGAUAUAAAAUGUCUGGCAAUGGACGUGAAUUGGGCGAGAGUGGCCUUCGGGAGUACUCGGAGGUGAAGACCAUCACCAUGAAGAUGGUCGCCAAGAACUCUUAA